AUGGUCCACUCUAGCAUUCCAUCUCAAAAAGAAUAUAAUGGAAAUGAAAAAGGUCCCAAGGAGUGGAACAUCUUACAGAAGAAACUCCUGGAGACGAAAGCAACAGAGUACGUCAUUCAGAUAAUGGGAAUGAUCACUGUCAAGCAAAGAGCAGACAACCUUUUGGCCUGCAAUGUCAUGUCUUCUGAAGAAGUGAAUACCAUUGUCUGUGAAAAGGUUGAACAUGAUGCCUCAAGAAUGAUGAUUUAUAUGAUUUUGAAUAGAGGCUCAAAAGCCUGCAGUAUUUUGGUUAAGUCACUUGAGAAACACAACCCUUUUUUCUUUCAUGACCUGCAAGGAUAUUGUACUUCCAGGCAAGUGAAACAAGACAAAUUAAAUGACUUGAUUCAAGAUUUAAAGUAUGUGUAUCCAUCUUCAGCUUUUCAAAAAUAUCAUCCUCUGGGUAGUGAUAUUGACAUAAUUUUUGAUUUGGGAACUGCCUAAACUGACGUCUUGCUGUGGAAAAAAGAUAUACAUAAUAGCAGGAAAGGGCAGCUGACGCUGAAUGUACUUCUGGAAGAACUGAAAAAUCCCUGCAUUGUAGAAGGAGAAGCUGGCAAAGGAAAAACAACUCUUAUGAAAAGAAUUGCUGUACUCUGGGCUUCUGAUAAUUCGUCCACUUUGAAAAAAUUCCAAUUUGUUUUCUUUAUCAGCCUAACUAGCACAAGAGGUGGAAUAUAUGAGACUCUCUGUGAUUAGCUUCUCCUUGAACAAUACCCCACCUGCAAACAAGAUUUAAUGAAAAUGCUGCUAGCACAAAGACAAAGGGUCCUUCUCCUGUUAGAUGGCUAUGAUGAAUUCAAACCCCAAAACUGUCCAGAGAUAGAAGCAAUGAAAGAAAACCACAAAUUCAAGAACGUGGUCAUUAUUGCUACCAGGACUGAGUCCAUCCACAAACUCAGACAGUUUGGGUCACUGAUUGCUGAAAUAGGAGAUCUAUCGGAGGAGAGCUGCAAGAAGCUCGUUAAAAGCAUCUUGACAAAUAAGCUGGCUGAUGGUCUGUUAAACCAGCUUGAAGAGGCCACUUCCAUGAAAAACCUUAUGAAGACUCCUCUCUCUGUUAUCAUUGCUUGUGCCAUCCAAAUGGGUGAAAGUAAUUUUCAUCCAAGCACCCAGACUCUACUUUUCUCUACUUUGUAUGACUUGAGGGUGGAGAAAAAUAGGUACAAAACAGAAGCAAUAACAGAUUAUCAUAUUAUUCUGAGCAUACGUCAUUGUGGAGAUGUAGCUUUAGAUGGAAUAUUUGAUCAAAGAUUUGAUUUUCAGUCUGAGGAUUUAGCUGAUGUAAAAGAAUAAGUCCUGCUAGCUUCAGGUCUUCUGAAUAAAUACACAGCUCAAAGACUAAAGCAAACAUAUAGAUUCUUUCAUAAAUCAUUUCAGGAAUACACUGUGGGCAGAAAAUUUUGCAAACUUCUGACAUCCUGCCAAGAAGCAGAGGUGAAGAAAGGGUAUAGUUAUCUACAGAAAAUUAAUACUAUUUCAGAUAUUACUGAUACUUUUUUCAAUUUGCUCCUCUACACUUGUGGAUCCUCUCUAGAUGCCACUAGAAUAAUUUUGGACUUAUUGAAAAUAAUUGAUCAGCACAGAGAUAUUUCUCAACUGUUUUCAAUAAAGAAUCUCUCUUUGGAAAAAAUUUUGAAGAGGUUUUUCUGUGAUAAACAUAUUUACAUUAAUACUCAAAAUAUCCCAAUUUAUUUAUCUGAUUUCUGUAGAUACUUACCAAACUGUGUCAGUGUACUAGGACUCAUUAAGUUAGAUAUUUUGGGGAAUUACUCACCAAUUAAGGAAACAGACGAUGAAGAUCUUCAAAUUAGAACUUACAUUCCUGAAAAGGCUGUUUUCUUAUUCUUCAACUGGAACCAGAGUAUCAGAUCUUUAGAAAUUACACUGCAAGAUUUCAACAAGUUAAAGAAACACGAUAUUAAAUAUCUGGGCAAAAUAUGUUGCUCUGCUGUAAGCCUCAAGCUGCACAUCAGCAAUAGUGCUGGUAUCACAGGAACAUUGAAUGAAGUCCUUGAAACCUGUAAAAACUUAGAAGAUCUUACUGUGGUCACACCUCUUACUAUGGAAGAUGAACAACAGAUCACAACAAUGACAAAGCUGAAAACCUUACAUAUAAGAGAUCUGCCUGGUGAAAAUCUAGAAGGUGGACUUAUUGAUGGAAAACUUGUGAAUGCCGAAGGGCUUGUACUAGACAACAUAAGUAUGGAUGAAGGUGAUGCAAAAAAAAAAAUGGCUGAAGGUAUGAGAAAUUUGAGAAAGCUACGCUUAUUAUACAUGAAUCAUUUGAAAGCUAUUGGGGAUGUAAGAUCAGUUCCUGAUGAACUAAGUGAACUUGAAGAAAUCUAGCUAGUCAACUGCUGUAUCUCCAGUGAUGCUGUGGAAAUUCUAGCUCAGAAUCUUCAUAAUUUGACAAAACUGAAUGUACUUGAUUUGUCAGAAAAUUACUUAGAAAAGAAAGGAAAAGAUGCUAUCCACAGACUUGUUGAUGGCUUAAUAUCCUACCUGGGAUGAACAUGCUGAUGUUAGGUGUGCCUAACAAAAUUGUUAGAACUACUGGAAACAAUGCCACAGCUGACAAAACUUGGAAUGAGGAAGUGGAGCCUCGCUGAUGUGGAGGUCAAAA